AACCCUAAUCUUGCUCCUCUUUCUUCAUCUUCAUUUCAAUUUUCAAUAUUCCAUUUCAAUCGAAGAUGCAGACUCGCGGUUCAAGAAAGAGGGCAAACGCUGAACCAAUUGUUCUUAACCCUAAAAAGCAGAGGGUUGUUUUGGGGGAUCUUCCCAAUUUACAGAAUGCCAGUGUUUCUGAAAAUCAAUCCAAUGGAAAACUCCAAACUCGGAAGAAUUCCAAGGUCAAGAAAUCUGCAGCAACAGAUGUUUAUUUGUUUGAUAGUUUCAGUUUGGAUAAACCGGUUCAGAGAAAGAACAAUGCCAAACAUGAAAUUCAACAGAUUAUUGAGCCUUAUGCAUCUGAUAUAUCCAACUAUCUUCGCGACAUGGAGAUGCAGAAAAAGAGAAGACCUAUGGUUGGAUACAUUGAGAAUGUUCAGAGAUUCAUUACUACAAACAUGAGGGGAAUAUUGGUGGAUUGGUUAGUUGAAGUUGCGGAAGAGUACAAGCUUCUCCCUCAAACCCUUCAUCUUGUUGUUUCUUACAUUGAUAGGUUCCUAUCUAUCCAUGUUGUCAACAGAUCCAAACUUCAGUUGCUUGGAGUUUCUUGCAUGCUUGUUGCCUCGAAAUAUGAAGAAAUCACUCCACCAAAGGCGGUUGAUUUCUGUCACAUUACUGAUAACACCUAUGAGUUGAAAGAGGUUAUAAAAAUGGAAGCUGAAAUACUUAAGUCACUAAACUUUGAAAUGGGCAAUCCUCAUGUUAACACAUUUCUAAAUGAGUUUAUUGGGUUUGCAACUGAGAAUCAAAAGACUUCAAAAUUGCAAAUGGAGUUUCUAUGCAAUUACCUUGCUGAGCUAAGCUUGUUGGACUAUGAAUGUAUACGAUUCUUGCCGUCUACUGUUGCUGCAUCUGUUAUAUUUCUUGCCAGAUUUAUUAUUCGACCUGGUGUUCAUCCUUGGGUAAAUAUUCAUCAUUAUUUACUUUAAUCUAUUUGUUUCUGUGAUUGAGUUGGGCAAUAAUUUCUGUGAUUAGAGGACUGAUUACUAGCAUCUUUAUUGGCUUAAUUUAUAGUGUCAUUGUGUUGAAACUGAACCUCACAACUGGUUUAGUCCCUAAUCUCAAUGUUUCAGUUGCACUUCUAUAUUCUCUAAAGUGGUGGAGAAAUGAGGUUAACAAGUUAUAUUGUAUGCUUGCUUCUUUAUCUUUUGAUGAUUAGGUACACUGCGUUUAUUGUGCUGUAUCCUUUGGGAGUGUUUCCUGGAGAAGUAUGGGCGAUGUACCAGGCGCUUCCAAUUAUAAAGAAGAAGAAUAUCUAUGCAGAUUCCUUUUCAAGCCUCCCAUUUAGUUAUUAUGACUUUCUUAAGGUCGUAAUUGUAGUUUAUCCAUUCCUCUGGUUCAAACUAUACCUGCAUUUGUUCAAGUAGCGGCGUUCGAAACUUUAUAAACGACAUGACAAGAAAAGAGCAUGAGGAGCAUUAUUCUUGGUUUUUAGUUAAAGACAGAUAAUAUAACUUUCUGUACCACUGUAGAACUGAUUCUGAAAUUUAUUUGCAUCUACAACAUUUCCUUUGAUUGGAUAACCAUUGUACCAAAUAAUGGAAUUGUUGUAGCAAUGAUGAUUAAGAUUGUAGGACUCCUGGGCCUAGUAACAAUGUUACCUCAAGUCUAUGUUUGAGACUUUAUUCCUUUGUAGUAUGUAUGACUUUCGUUUUAAUCUUGCAAGUUGAAAGGUUCGCUGUA